CUAAACCCCAUCUCAACCAUAUAUGUGUUCGCAAGCACAUUUAAAAAUGAUCGUUGGUGCGUUUUUAAUGCUCCAACGUCUUUACUAGAAAUCGGAAAUCCUCGCACCUACCACCUGCAGGCUCCUAUUCAUCCGUUCAUACAUCGCUUUCGCUUCGACCCUGCCUGCCAGCUCACAAAUGGAUUCAUCUACCGAGGAUUUGCCAUCAGCAGCUUCUCAGCCAAGCCAGCCUGCAGUUGUUCUCGAGAUGCCAGAUACCAUUCAAAUCAAGCUGCAUCUUCGCAAGGGCAUACCCCGCGUUCGCUGCCGUUCGCUCAAGGACCUUCCCGAUCCCGAGAUCUUUCCACACAACUGGAGACAGGAUCCCUUUGAAGUCCUACGCGCCCGGAUCCGUUCCCGUGCCAAAGGACUCUCGGGUCUCGAAUGGCCCAUGGAUGCCCUUCCCUAUAUCCGACCCUCGAACUCGAGUCCACAACAACACUAUCAGGAAGUGAACAAGGACAAUUGUGACGAACGAAUUGCGAAGGCAUGGAGGACAGAGGCAAAGCGUUUGGGGGACCUGUCGAAAGUCUAUGUUCAUUUAUUCAUUUAUUUGGUCGAUGCAAACGAUACAAAGAAGGGCAUCACGGCUGGUAAACGGAGCAGCAACGCAAUUCAACAAACAUCAGGAUCUACAGCCGUGGAGGCGGCGAGCAGCACUGGAACAGUAGCAGCAGCAGUACAGAGGAUGGCGGAGGCAACGACACAGGAAGAGGAAUGUGCAACGAUUAGGGUCAAACUCAAUGAUCAAUGGGUGUCUCUUCAAGUCAGCGUGCGUAGCUUACGAGAGGCACUUGGUAUGCCCUCGUUCUAAAUAAAAUACAAGAAAAAAAGG